GCGCCCCCCCGCCCCCCACCGCCGGGUCCCCCGGGGCUGCAGCAGCAGCGGCAGCGGCGCCGCCCGCGGUUCCCGCCGGGGCCCGGGCGCCGGCCCCCCGGCUCUGCAGGAUGGGCACGGUGCUGUCGCUGUCCCCCGCUUCCUCGGCCAAGGGCCGGAGGCCGGGAGGGCUGCCGGAGGAGAAGAAGAAGGCGCCGCCCGCGGGGGACGAGGCGCUGGUGGGGGGCUACGGCGCGCCGCCGGCGGGCAAGGGCGGCAAAGGCGAGAGCCGGCUCAAGCGGCCGUCCGUGCUCAUCUCGGCGCUCACCUGGAAGCGCCUGGUGGCGGCCUCGGCCAAGAAGAAGAAAGGCAGCAAGAAGGUGACGCCCAAGCCGGCGUCCGGAGGCGCCGACCCGCUGGUCCAGCAGCGCAACCGCGAGAACCUUCUCCGCAAGGGCCGCGACGCCUCCGACGGUGGCGGAGCGGCCAAACCCCUGGCCGUGCCGGUGCCCACGGUGCCCUCGGCCGCCGCCCCCUGCGAGCCCCCGUCGGGGGGCAGCUCGGCCGCCCCUCCGCCGGGCUCGGGCGGGGGCAAGCCGCCGCCGCCUCCGCCCCCUCCCCCCCCGGCCCCGCAGGCGGCGGCUCCCCCUCCGGCCCCCGGGGGCUCCCCUCGCCGGGUCAUCGUGCAGGCGUCCACCGGCGAGCUGCUCCGCUGCCUGGGCGACUUCGUGUGCCGCCGCUGCUACCGCCUCAAGGAGCUGAGCCCCGGCGAGCUGGUGGGCUGGUUCCGCGGCGUGGACCGCUCGCUGCUGCUCCAGGGCUGGCAGGACCAGGCCUUCAUCACCCCGGCCAACCUGGUGUUCGUGUACCUGCUGUGUCGCGAGUCGCUGCGGGGGGACGAGCUGGCGUCGGCUGCCGAGCUGCAGGCCGCCUUCCUCACCUGCCUCUACCUCGCCUACUCCUACAUGGGCAACGAGAUCUCCUACCCGCUCAAGCCCUUCCUCGUGGAGCCCGACAAGGAGCGCUUCUGGCAGCGCUGCCUGCGCCUCAUCCAGCGGCUCAGCCCGCAGAUGCUGCGGCUCAACGCCGACCCCCACUUCUUCACGCAAGUCUUUCAAGACCUCAAGAACGAGGGCGAGGCCGCGGCGGGAGCCGGGGGGCCGCCGGGAGGGAGCGCGCCGUCCGCCCCCUCCGCCUCGGCCGCCAGGGACAGCUGCGCGGCCGGAGCCAAGCACUGGACUCUGAACUUGGACCGCUAGGGAGACCCAGGGGCCCGUCCCCCGCGUCCCCCCAUCCACCCCACCCCUCCCCAGCCCCUCACGCACACCCGGGACCCUCUCCCCCAUCCUCACCCCCACCCCGGGACCAUCCAGCCACCGCCGCUCUGACUGCUGUCCUCUACGAUGCCCAGGCCGGGCGGGGGGGGGGGGGGGUGGCCGAGGAGGAGCCGCCCCUGUCCCGCAGGGGAAGGUGGAGGCUAGGACGCCGGAGGCCAUGGUGUCUGGAUUCGCUGGGCUUGGGGUGGGCGUGGGGGGACGAGCGCGGGAAGGGCGCCCCCGACUUCGUCCACCCUUUCCCCCCGUCUGUCUGCGCCUCCAUCUUUCCAUUUCUGCCCCUGCCCGGGUCUCUCCCCUCUUCCCCGCUGUGGGCAUCUCAAAGUCCGCCCCCCACCCCCCACCCCAACUCCCUGGGUUUCGUCCGGUUCCUCACCUUUUCUGUGUCUUCAUCCUUCCUCCAGUCUACAGCUCCCUCUCUCUGCCUUGCCAUUGGCCCUCCCUGGGCUCUGCCCUUCUCCGCCUUACCCCGGGCCUGACGGGACCCCCAUGGCCCUCCCUGCUUCCCUCGCACCUGUGUUCCCGUGUACCCUUCUUGUUCUUUUUCCUUCUUCUGGUCAUAUGUCACCACCUUCCCCUCCUCUCUUCUUCCCCUCCCCCUGCUUGUGUCAUCCUGCCCUUCUCCCUCUAACCCCUAGACUCCACACCCCUCUCCCCCAGACCAAAAAGACCCUUAGUUUUUUUUUUUUUUUAUUUGGAUAGACUCAAGUGGACAAGCGAUUGCAGUCCCACGUGCCCAGGCAAAGAUCAGGGUGAUCCUUUUCCUCACCCCCACAGCCUCUCCCCACCUUUGCCAACGUGUUGCAUGCUGGGAGCUGAAGGGGAAAGGGCUGCUCGCCUUCAUUCAGGAGGCUGAGAUUUGAGGGCAAGAUCCAACCCGGUAGACCACCCCGCUUGCCGCGGCCCUGUCUUCUCUGUGGAUGGUCAGAAAAAGAAAGAAAACUCUUCUCGUUCUGGGGGAGGGGCGUCCCCUUCCUUAUCUUUAGAUUUCUUGUUCUAUCUCCUCCCCACACUUUAAUUUAUUUCGCUGUUUCAGGAGGGAGGGUGGGAGGGUAGGGGGCUGGGCCGGGAAUUGUCCGUGGUGCUGAGCUGGGCGGGACCGGAAUACUGGGAGAGUACCAGGGACUGGGUUGAGCCUGGGGCCCUGUCCAAGGUGCCAAUGAUGCGGGCCGGACGGCGCAGGCCGCACUGUUUGUCCGUCUGUCCUGGAGAGAACUAUAAAGCGCUGGGAGCGCCUACA